AUGGCUGUCGACAAGGCAACACCGGCAAACUGUGGGAGAAGAUUAAUCCCACAGAUUCUGGAUGACCUCGCAGCUGCUGAGCCCGAUCGCAUCAUUUACUCUUUCGCCAAGUCCCCGAACCUGUCGCAAGGUUUCCGCCAUGUAUCAGCUCGUACUUUUACGAAAGCGGUCGACAAGACUGCCUGGCUACUUCAAAAGGAGCUGGGACGAACGUCAGAGAUCCGUGCCGUGGGUUAUAUCGGGCCCCACGAUCUGCGACAGAUCCUGUUGACAUUCGCCUGUAUUAAAACUAAUUGCGCUGGCUUGUUCCUUUCCCCAAAGAACAGCACCGAGGGUGCUCUAGCCGUUCUUGAGGCGGCGAAUUGUAACAUCUGGGUCAACCCCGCUGGUGGGAAGCCAGCACAGCUCGUGAAUGACUUUUUACAGCAACGACCCAUGCACGUCAUGGUGCUGCCCGAGCUGAAAGAGCUUCUCCCCGAAGACGAGGGCGAGCUGGAAAACGUGGAGCCGUUUCCUUACACAAAGCGCUGGGACGAUGCGAUUAACGACACGUUCUGCAUCCUCCAUACUUCGGGCUCCACCGGCCUGUCGAAGCCCAUCUCAUGGACACACGGGCUGAUCGGUACUGUGGACGCUGUCCGGCUGCUGCCCCCUCACGAGGGCAUGGAGCCCUGGGCGAAAGGUUGGGAUGAUGGCGAUACACUGUACUCGACAUUCCCUUUGAGCCAUGGAGCAGGGAUCUUGAUGGACGUGGUUAUAUCGCCGCUGUUUGGGCUACACUGCGUCCUUGGGCCUCGUGACGUGAUACCCAAUCUGGAACUCAUAUCGUCCAUGGCGGACAACAUCAAGAUCGACAUCUGGAGCAUGAUUCCUUCGCUCACGGAUGAGCUUGGCGAAGCACCCGACAUUUUGCCAAAAUUGAGCAGAUCCAAAUUCAUCUGCGCUUCAGGAGGACCUGUGAGCAAUCAUUUGGGCUCAAAAGUGAAUGAGCAUGUUCGCGUUUUGAACUUGACAGGAACGUCAGAAGGUUUGUUUAUCGGCAACCUGUGGGUAGACAGACAGGAUUGGCAUUGGUUUGCCUUUCAUCCUUGGUCCGGGUUUGACUUCAAGAUGGUUGAGCCCGGCCUUUACGAACAGUGGAUUCAUCGCAACGAGCACGCUGAGUUCUUCCAAGGUCUCUUUCAUACCUUUCAAGACGUAAACAGUUUCAACUUCAAGGAUCUGUAUGUUCAACACCCGACUAAGCCAGGAUUCUGGGCGUCACACGGCCGAAGCGAUGACGUUGUGGUGCUUUCCAAUGGAUACAAGAUCUCGCCCCUUGAUACAGAGGCCCUCGUCACAUCCCACCCGGCUGUUGAUGGCUGUCUCAUGAUUGGAUCGGGCAAGCCACAAGCCGGCCUCCUUAUUGAGCUGAAAGACCCAACCAUCAAGAGGGACGGUGAUGAUGCUGAAGCGCUCUUCAACAGCAUCUGGGCUGUAGUCGAAAGGGCUAACUCCCUGUCUCUGCACAAGAACCAGUUGCACCGAGACUUUAUCGCCUUUUCUGAAGCAGGAAAGCCUUUCAUCCGUACUGACAAACGCACUAUCAAACGUCGGGCUACCAUGGCGCUGUAUGCCGACUACAUCGAGCGCUUCUACCAGUCGCGUGGGGAGGAUGACAGCGAUGCCGAAGUUGCGGCGCUUGGGCUGCUGGCGAUCGACACAGCAUCCUUGGACUCAACAACUCGUGCAAUUCGGCAUAUCCUGGCUUCGAUCGUGCUUGCAGUCAAAGACGCUCCAGUGGAUGCUAAUCUAUUUACUGUUGGGUUCGAUUCGUUGCUUGUGUUCAAGGCUACCAAGGCGGUAGCGGCGGUCACAGAUUUGGGGGGAAUAUUUCUACCAAGAAACUUCUAUGCUGGACCAACGAUUGAGGGCAUCGCUGCAACUGUUGUACGAUUGGCUGCCGAGCGCAGAGCCACGACAACGAACGGCACUACUACCUCAUCGUCGACCGAGCAGCAGCAACAAGAUCCGCAAGAAGCCAAGAUCAGAGCCAUAAUGAACCGACACAAGGCUCUUCUAUCCUCCAAGCUUGGCCCGAUGGACCUCUUCGGCGGGAACAUGUACGAGGGGAUCAAUGUCUUCAUUCCCCUCUGCCCAGGUGUCUCGUUUGAACAGGCCUACAAAGUUCUCCAGCGAGGUCUGGUUCGCGCCAUGGAGAUCGUGCCGGCUCUCGCGGGCAAAGUCAUACCAUGUUCGGAGCACGAGAUUGGAUACAAGAAGGGAGAUGUUCGAAUCAGUCUGCCUCCACUGCCUUCUACAGCCUUGGGUAUCACUCCUUCCGAGGAGCCCAGACAAUUGCGCUUCCGCGACCUCUCGACCAUCCUGCCAUCCUAUACCGAGCAGCGCGCCUCUGGAUUCCUGACCUCGGCUUACCCUGACGAGCUCCUGACUAAUUGUCCCUCCUUUCCUGACCUACCUACGGAUGUACUCAACGUGCAGGCCAACUUUGUCGACGGCGGCUGCGUCUUGGCCUUCAAUGUUCAUCAUCACGCGUUUGAUGGUAUCGGCAUGUUGAUUGCGCUAACGGUAUGGGCAGAAUGCUGCCGAUUCGUCCAGGGCGAUCAGUCUGCGACUUCCGAGUGGCUGCACCCAGAGAGUCUCAAUCGCGACAUGCUGUCUAUCUUGUACGAGGUGGAGGGCUUCGCAAAGCCGGCGUCUGAGGUCGACCCGAGAGUUUGGGGCUUUUUACCAUAUGCUGAUCCGGCGCUGAAGCGCAAGCAUCAGGAGAAACAGGAAGACAUAGACAUGACAGAGGCAGCCGCGGUCAAUGGACAUGCCACUGAGCCCAACGUUAAGAGGGCUCGUUUGUCUCGUUAUCUGCCUGAGCCGCCUGUACUCCCCAGCUGUGAGAAUUGGCCACCCGCGCCCCGCGCCGAUGGUCGCACGUUGACGGCAUCGACCUUCGUCAUCUCAGCCGAGAAAGUUGAGAAACUCCAGAAGAGCGUCGAGGCUGCCGAAGCCGCGAACCCGGAAAGUCAAAACCUGAGCAAGGAAUCAGGAUCGCUAUCUCUCGGCGAUGUGCUACAGGCCUUUUUCUGGCGCGCCGCCGUCCGGGCACGUCGCCCUGCCGAGAACUCCUCCUCCGAUGACAUGUCUAUCAUCGAGAUGCCAACUGACGUCCGACCUUACUUCAGUUCGCACCUCCCGCCAACAUACAUGGCCAACUGUGUCAUCAUGAACCGGCAGCACAUGUCCGUCUCGGAGCUCUGCUCUUCCCAGGCAUCUCUCUACAAAAUUGCCCAAAUAUGUCGUGAGGCUCGCACUCGAGUGGAUCAAGAACUUGUACACGAUGCCUUCAGUCUACUACAUACGAUUAAAGACAACAGCCCAGGGAACCAUACAACGGCGUUCCUUGGCCAGGGCAUCCAGGACGGACCACAUUCGCUCUUCAACAACAUGAUGCUCUUCCAAGCGAGCGAUAUUGGACCUUUCGGCGGCGGUAUAUUCGAAGCACCAGAGGCAGUGAGGGUCCAGAUGGAUUGGCUGAACAAAGCCUUUAGAAGUCUGUUCAUUUUGCCGAUGAGGAAAGACGGCGGUGUCGAGUUGCUGCUGGGGACCUUGCCCGAGGAACUCGAUGCGAUGAAGAAUGAUCACGAGUUUAUGCAGUUUGCCGAGUUUCUUGGAUAG